CGUGUAUAUAACUAUAUAUUGAGCAGUGGUCGUGGAGUCGUGAGCCGAAGCAUCCACAUUCAAUCCGAUCACCUUCUCCGUUCUCCACCUAUCGAUCCGUCCAUCGAUUAAUCCUAACCGUCAGAUCCAAAAAUGAACGACGCAGAUGUCUCCAAGCAGAUCCAACAGAUGGUUCGAUUUAUUCGCCAAGAAGCCGAAGAGAAGGCGAAUGAGAUCUCUGUUUCUGCUGAAGAAGAGUUCAACAUUGAGAAGUUGCAGUUAGUGGAAGCGGAGAAGAAGAAGAUCAGACAAGAGUAUGAGCGUAAGCAGAAGCAAGUUGAAGUUCGCAAGAAAAUUGAGUACUCCAUGCAGCUAAAUGCUUCUAGAAUUAAGGUUCUUCAAGCUCAGGAUGAUCUCGUUAACUCUAUGAAGGAGGCGGCAUCAAAGGAACUCUUGCGUGUGAGCCAAGACCACCAUAGCUAUAAGCAUCUUCUGAAAAAUCUCGUUGUUCAGAGUUUACUUAGACUGAAAGAGCCUUCGGUCUUACUUCGGUGUCGCAAAGAUGACUUACGCUUGGUGGAGUCUGUUUUGAACUCAGCCAAGGAGGAAUAUGCUGAGAAGGCAAAGGUUCAUGCUCCGGAAAUCAUAGUUGACUCCAUCCACCUUCCACCUGCGCCUUCUCAUCACAAUGUCCACGGUCCUUCCUGCUCUGGUGGGGUCGUAUUGGCUUCUCGAGAUGGAAAAAUUGUGUGUGAAAACACACUCGAUGCUAGGUUGGAUGUUGUGUUCCGCCAAAAACUUCCAGAGAUCCGCAAGAGGCUGUUUGGACAAGUUGCUGCCUAAUGGGCUAGAAGUACUGUGCAUUUUAAGCUCGUGGUUUCUGCAGGCUCUCGGAUCUUAAAAAUGGUCAUUGACCAGAAAACCUGUUUAUUACUUGGUCGUGUUCUUAUUUUGCUUGUAACCUGUAUUGAAGCUUUUAUUAGUGAAGUGCCCUCCUGUGCUUUAGGCUCAUGUUUAAGGAUUACUUCAGAAAUUUGCGACAGCAUUUAUUCAAGAUUCUAUAGUUUUAUAUCUAUUUUGGUUUAUUUUUGUAUAAUAAGUUACUGCUCAAACCUAGUGUUUGUUGCAUGAAUUCAAUAAAAUGAAAUCCUAUCAUAAGGUCGCCAUA